ACCCAGGAGCAUCUCUGCUGUCCUCCGAGACAACUCCAGGCCCCGGCUCCAGACCCGAGCAACCAACGCGCAGACGGACCGCCGGCCAGCAUCCCACCUCGCCGCUUCCAGCGGGCAGCUCCGGAGUCCAGCGCGCCGCCGCCCAGGUGCUGCGGGGCAGCUUCCAGCAUCCCAGUCCGCAUCGCCUGCUCCAUCCCACCGGAGGGCUCUUCCCGCUGCUCCUGGCCACAAUCAAAAGCCCCUCCGUCACUCCCCUCAAUCCCCAAUCCCUCGGGCAUCUCUUUAGCACCCUCGUCUGGUCCAGCCCUCGCACCUCCCCACGUGCCCCGUCUCCCCUGACGCUAUGAAGUCCCCCAUCUGCAAGAGCCGCUCCCUGACCGCCUUUCUGCAGCAGUUCGGGAAGCCCCCCAGGCCCGUGACAGCGACGGCGUGCGCGCCCCCUCGGCCGCGGGAGGUGCCCCUCUGCCCGCUGGUGGCUCAUGGCGAGGCGCAGAACGCGGCAGCCCUGCCGGGCCCCACCAACUGGCCGCUGCUGGGCAGCCUGCUGGAGAUACUCUGGAAAGGGGGGCUCAAGAAACAGCAUGACACGCUGGCACAGUACCACCAGAAGUAUGGCAAGAUUUUCCGCAUGAAGCUGGGUUCCUUCGACUCGGUGCACCUGGGCUCGCCGAGCCUGCUGGAGGCUCUGUACCGCACAGAGAGCGCGUACCCGCAGCGGCUGGAGAUCAAACCCUGGAAGGCGUAUCGCGACUAUCGCCAGGAGGGCUAUGGGCUGCUCAUCCUGGAAGGCGAAGACUGGCAGCGGGUGCGGAGUGCCUUUCAAAAGAAACUAAUGAAACCCGUGGAAAUUAUGAAGCUGGACAAGAAAAUCAAUGAGGUGUUGGCGGAUUUUGUGUGUAGACUCGACGAACUCUGUGACGCAAGAGGCCACGUUGAAGACUUGUACAGCGAGCUGAACAAAUGGUCAUUCGAGAGUAAGUUGGGUUUCCAGCCUGGGGGGUUGGACUUCCCCGUGAUCGUGCAGAUUAAGCCCGGUCCUGGUGAGAAUAUGAUGAGCACGUUUGGGAGGAUGAUGGUGACGCCGGUGGAGCUGCACAAGCGCCUCAACACCAAGGUCUGGCAGGACCACACGCAGGCCUGGGACACCAUCUUCAGAUCAGUCAAGUCAUCUAUGGACAGACAGUUGGACACGCCCUCUGGGACGCCCCACACGGCCUUCCUCGCCGAGGUCUAUCAGCACAGCCGCCUGUCCAAGAAGGAACUGUAUGCGGCCGUCACCGAGCUGCAGCUGGCGGCGGUGGAAACGACCGCAAACAGCUUCAUGUGGAUGCUCUACAAUUUAUCCCGAAACCCCCACGUGCAACAAACGCUUCGCAAAGAAAUUCAAAGUGUGCUUCCUGAGAACCGGGCGCCCCGAGCAGAGGACUUGAAAAACAUGCCGUAUUUAAAAGCUUGUCUGAAAGAGUCGAUGAGGCUUACCCCGAGUGUGCCUUUCACGACUCGGACCCUUGACAAAGCAACGGUUCUGGGCGAAUACGCGCUCCCUAAAGGGACUGUGUUGAUGCUGAACACCCAGGUUCUGGGGUCCGAUAAAGACAAUUUUGAAGACUGCAGUCAGUUUAGACCUGAGCGGUGGCUUCAAGAGGAGAAGAAGAAGAUCAACCCCUUUGCCCAUCUGCCAUUUGGCAUUGGGAAACGGAUGUGCAUCGGCCGCCGAUUGGCCGAACUCCAGCUGCACUUGGCUCUGUGCUGGAUCGUCCGCAAAUACGACCUGGUAGCCACCGACCAGGAGCCCGUGGAGAUGCUGCACCUGGGCCUCCUGGUGCCCAGCCGAGAGCUCCCCAUUGCCUUCCGCCGGCGAUCAGAUGCCGCAGAGCUUUGAGGAGAGACCGUGAACAGUGAAUUUUACUUUCUCGCAAGAAUGAUGCUCCAGCCUCUACUGCAGGAAUGAACGCC